AUGGAGGGUCAUCGUGGAUGUGGUCGUGGUCGCAACAGGAUUCCUCAUAAGCUCGUCUUUGAUAAUGGGAGGCAGUUCCAUGGUGGAAAGAUCCAGGAAUGGUUCUCAAGUUAUAACAUUUUACAAGCUUUCACCUUUGUGGCGUAUCCUCAAAGUAAUGGCCAAGCAGAAAUCACCAAUAGAGAAAUUAUCAGGGGACUUAAGACUAAGCUCGAUCAUGUUGGAAGAAGUUGGAUGGAUGAGUUAUCCAGUGUACUGUGGACUUAUCGCACUAUGCCUCAAAAAGUUACAGGUAUAAUCUCAUUCAUCUUGUCUACUGUGGAGAAGCACUUCAUCACUAGCCAGCAGCCCCUCUCCUCUUCGGAUUUGAAGAGGAGAGUUCAUCCAUCCUUCAACAACCCCUUUAUCUUCAUAUUCGAAGAGAAGGUUUCAUUCUCCAUCGACGAGCAGCCAUCCACUUCGUCCACAGCCUUCGCCGACAGAUUGGCCGUCACAGAAGCUCCAUCCAGCAACCCCCUCUCCACUUCGGAUUCAAAGAGAAUUUGGCUCUCUUUGGCACACUAUUGUUCUUGGAACUGGAGACCUUCGGACCUUUCUAAAGCGGCACAAGGUGGUCACUUGGACAAAAGUUUGUUCUGCCUUGGUGCAACUUAUAGAAGUUCGACCAUCAUUCUUAGAGUGCCUUUUCAGAUAUUUUGAAGGUGAAUGGAGGUAUUAAAAAAUCCAGCUAAAUAGCUCGGGUAUGGAUGAUUGCAGGAGCAACAACUACAUGCGAUGUGGCACUACAUCCGAACCUCAUGGGUGUGACUGGGAAGUACUUCGACGAAGAACUAUUAAGAUGACUUUGGGAUUUAAGUGAGAAGAUGGUUAAAGUCAAUGAGUAAAGAACAUUCAAGUCAAGAGGAUAAGUAGCAUCUAUAAAGAUCCUUUAAGUUCAUGCAAUAAGAUGUAAACGAUAGAAGUAAUUUUUAGUGUCUCCUAAUUAAAAUUUCUUUGUAUGCAAGUAAUUAUGCUUGUUAUAAAGUGUAUGGAUGAUAAUUUAUAUAUUUAUCUUGGUUGUUUAUUUAA